UGAUUUGUUUUUUAUUCAAAACAUAUCACACAAACAAAAGCAUCUGAGCUUGAAAUGGCACACUUUGUAAAAUUCUAUCUGCAAGUUUAUUUGCUUUCGGUCAUGAUUGGGUACUACACUCUGCUCCUCGCAUUACUAGCAUGUGGGAGUGAUGGCUACAAAUUCCUAGUCUACUCGCCAAUCUAUGGAUAUUCUCAUACCAACUUCAUGGGCAUCUUAGCUGACACUCUUACAGAGGCCGGUCAUAACGUGACUAUGUUAAUGCCAAUCAUGGAUGAGGAACAACAGAAUAAGACUGGGGUAAAACUUACAACAAACAUAAUCAAGGUUCCCAUAGACGAGCGAAUAGCUCCGAUAGUGAAAUAUCAGUCAGCAAUGAUUUCUAGAUUGUGGACCAUGCAGCCGACCAUAUCUGCUCUUUUUGAGAUGAAGAAGAACAUGACCACGUGGUUCACAUGUCAAUGUGAAAGGGUUUUUCAAGAUGAAAAGCUGAUAAAGCAGCUAGAAGAAGAGCACUUUGAUGUUGGCAUUGCAGAGGGUUUUAUGGCCUGCGGUUUUGGCGUUUUCAAAAUAGCAAAAAUCAAAACUACAUUGGCCACUCUGGCCAGUGUUCAUAUGGAUCCCAUUUCCGAAGCAAUUGGUGAACCAGUCACUCCUAGCUAUGUUCCAGGAGGAAUGUCGGCAGCAGGCGAUCAGAUGAAUAUUUUUGCUAGGUUCCAGAAUGCGUUAGAAGUUUUCUUUGCCCGUGAAUUUAUCCCUUCGGUGUUUGUUAGUGAGGUCAAUUCUUUCAAAAAGAAGUUCGGCUCCGAGUUUAGUGAUUGGCAGCAACUCUUCGCCGAUGCUUCGUAUCUAUUUACUAACUCCAACCCCUACCUUGACUAUCCUCGUCCCAUGCUCCAUAAAACCGUGAAUAUUGGUGGAAUUACAGCGUCGUAUGACCCAGAAAAGAACAGGCUUUCAGCUGAGUGGGAUGCGAUUUUGAACGAGCGCAAUACGACAGUCUUGGUAUCGUUCGGAUCAGUAGCAAAGGCAAUCUACAUGCCUGAUAAAUACAUGCAAACACUUCUGAAAGUCUUCGAAAGCAUGCCGGAAACAACAUUUAUUUUCAAAUUUGAAGAGGAGAAGUCAAAAAUAGCUGAUCAUCUUCGCAAUGUUCAUCUGAGCACGUGGCUUCCUCAGAAAGCUCUUUUGGGUGAUCCGCGGCUGACAGCCUUUAUAACUCAUGGAGGACUUGGUAGUGUUACGGAAUUAGCUUACCAAGGCAAACCGGCUAUCCUAAUCCCACUCUUUGGCGAUCAACCGCGCAAUGCUAAAAUGCUCACCAAGCACGGAGGUGCUAUUUAUUUGACAAAGUACGACUUGGACACCCCUGAAAAGUUGCAAGAAAGCCUCAAAGUUAUUCUUAGCAAGCCAAGUUACGCUCUGAAAGCUAAGCGUUUGAGCGAGAUGUUACGCAACCAGCCUGUGAGUCCAAAACAACUAUUCCUUCGACAUUGUGAAUUUGCUGCAAAGUUUGGUCGCUUGCCUAAUUUGGAUCCGUACGGAAGGCAGCUUUCGUUCAUGGAAUAUUAUUUAAUCGAUGUUGCACUACUUCUCAUAAUUAUCUUCGCUAUUGCCAUUUAUAUAAUGACUAAAGUGCUUUUGACAUGUUUUUCAAUAUCAAAGAAGGUCAAAAAAGACUGA